AUGGCGCCAGCUACAUGAAAACACAGCCGUGCAACACGUGGAUAUGUUUGGCAUAGAGAAGAGACAGCAUUUAUAUAUUUUAUUUAGUUUCUUUUUUUUAUAGAUACUUUUGUGUUCAUGCGUAGUUUGUUGCAGAAACAGCCCUGGCCUCACAACCACCUGUCAAGGGUGAGCAAGUCAGUUAUAUUCACAUCACGAAAGUCUCGCGUGGUAGGAGUAGAUGAUAAUUCACCUGUCAGAUUAUUAGAUUAAAUGAAUAUGGCUCUUAGUAGCGAAGACGACACAACGUAUCUUGCGUCGCCGAGCAAGAAGAAGAACGUACCGGUUGUUGCACACGUUGGAAAUUUAAUCGACAUUGAUCCGCGUUCAGAGCUCAUCUUCGAAACUCCUCCACCUGAUGUUGUUAACUCUAUCAAUAAAUGUUUUGAGCAAUUCACUAGCACCUUGGAGAAAAAAAAUGAUGCUUCAGUCCACCAACUUUCUUCAGACAGUGACUCUGGUGGAAGCCUGUUUAUAACACAGUCUGUGACUAAAGCAGUCCGAACUGAAAGACGACAUAGGUCAUCUAAGAGACCAGAGUCCAUCUCUGAUGAUUCUGGUAAUGAGAGAGACAAUGGAGACACUGAAAAUGAGAGAGGAAGUACGUCUCAGCAUGCGGAGUGCCCGUUCAGAAGAAAAAUUAUCAGCCAUCCUGCUCCUCGAAAAGCUGUUUUUCCAUUUCUGCUGAAAUCACUCGGACGACAGCACCUGUCCCUAAAGAAGCACCAGAUUCUAGAGAACUCAGAAAUGGGCGGAUUCUUGAAAUGCAUAAAGAAAAUUGAGGAGGGUUAUGUGAAUACAGGAAGAGCAAUCAGUCCAUCUAUGCCGGAGUCUGAUCUAAGUGAUCUCUCUGAGGGAGAUGACCAUGACAGUGAUCAUGAAGUCACGAAAGUGAUGAGGCUCCAGGAUUCACUUUCAAACGACAAUGAACAACAGUCAGUCGACACCAAUAGAAAAGCUAAGCAAAGCAAAACUAAAUCUACAGAGAAAAACAAGACAAGUGCUUCUGUUAAAAAACAAUCAAAAAAGAAAAACGAAGCUUCCAAAAACAAAGCUGUAGUCAGGACAUCAUCAGAAUCGUCUAUUGACUCUCUCUUUAAGGAGCAGGAGAAACAACAUGAGACACAGGAGGUUUUAGCUGCAUGUUCAGAUGCCGAACAUUCAGAUUCUGCCCAUUGCAGACAACGACUUACUAAGCAGAUCGUCCAGUGUACUGAGAACUUGCAUGGAGAUCAUUUAGUGGUAAUUGAAGAGACACAGAGAAACUCUGUGGAGUUAAUUACAGAGACUGCAGUUCAUAUAGAGCAUGAGGAUGACACGAGUACUCCAUCUCAAGCUGAUGACAUCAUGUGGCCGGAAAAUGCUGUGUCAGGUGUGCAGCCUAGCAGUCAACAGAAAAAGAAGAAAAAGCACAAAUUGAAAGACCAACAGGAAGCAGAGCCUGGUGCAGAUGCUCAUAGUGCAGACAAUGUUCAUUCAGUUGAGAUGAGUCAGUUCAAUGACUCACACACUACUGAGUUGACACCUGAAAGAACUAAAAAGAAGAGAGAAGACAGAGAGAGGACAAAGACGACACAUGUAGAGGACGAUAGUGGUACAGACAUCCAGUCAAAUGAAGCUUUUGAAGCUCCUGAGACCAAACGACCUGAGCACAUACAGUCAUCAGAGGAAAUCACAUCACCUGUAGCUAGAUUAAAAUCAGGGAAGAAGAAUGGCUCUGAAGAAUCUGUUGAUUUUGCUCUGGAUGUAAGCUCAGUGUCUCAGUUUGAUAAUGUCGCUGAUAGAUCAAUUCAAGAUACUGUUGAAGAAAGACAAAGUGAUGAUGUCGAACAUACAGAAGCUGAAUUAAAUGAAGCCGAACACUCAGGUUCUGUCCAGCGCGCUGACAACUUGCAUGAAGAUGAUUUGGCAGUAACUGAAGAGAGACAGAGAAACUCUGUAGAGGCAGUUACAGAACCUGCAGUGGAGCAUGAGAGUGAUGUAAGGUCUGACAAUUACCUGCCCAACAAAAGCAAUUCCAUGUCGCCACCCCAAGGAGGCGACAUUUCUACUCAGAAUGUUAAUCAGCAGACUGACAGUGACUUUGGGUCAGAGGAUUUAUUCAGGCCAUUGAACAGUCAGAAACAUAAGACCAAUCAAAUUCAUAAAGGUGCAUCUGUUAAAAUCAACAUGGAGGACAGCGAUCAAGACAGUGAUGUAACUCAAAUAGAGACAGAAGGACCAUUUGAGUCCAUAUUUGGACAAGGAACACCAAGAUGGUGUGAUGCUGGCAUUGAUGCAUGUGAGGACAACGACGGUGACGAAACUCAAAUAGAGAAUGAAGGGCAAUCUGUUUCUGUGCUUGGGACAGGAACACCAAACAAGCAGUUUACAGAAUCCCAAAAGACAGACCAGAGUCCUCUUGGCCUAAAUGCUGAACUGCUCUCAAAAAGAGAUGAAAAAGUCAAGAGUAAUAAUAAAAAGACAAAAAAAACAAUGUCAAGUUCUGAAAAGGAUUCUGAAGAUACAGAUGUAGAGAAGACCUUGAUUGUGCAACCAUCAUUUAAACAUUUACCACCUUCUGAACCAUUGAAGUUUUGUCAAGUUCCUGUGAGGAACAUUUUGGGUAAACGAAGAGCGAGGGCGGAGAUGGAAACAGAUCUAUCAGAAAGUCCUUUGUUUAGAAAUGGUGGACUGAGCUUUAUUAAAAGAAAACGAAAUAGAAAGGAUAAAACGGGUGCAACUGCAAGUGCAGAUGUGAGCUCUGAAUCUCCAGUUGAUGACAUCACUGGAGAUAAAAUAACACCAAGAGAGAACAGGAAAUCUCGUGAAGUGAAAAAUAGUGUAACAAACGAAGAGCAAACGGAAGCAUCAAUUCUACAUUUAGAGGACACCGACCUCUUGGAGGAAAGUAUUUCAUCUACGGUGGCAGAUAACAGUGUUAUCACAAAGGUUAAGAAGAAAAAGAAGAAAAAGUACAAAUCAAACGAGAAUGAGGAUGCAGAGCCUAGUGUAGAAAAUCAGUCGGCUGAGACAGCUAAGUUCAAUGAGUCACAAACUACUGAACUGAUAUCCAAAGUAAGUAAAAAGAAGAAAAGAAAAGACAAAGAGAGGACUAAGAUAGCAUAUGCAGAUGAGAAUAAUGCUGCAGAUAUCCCAUCAAGCGAAACUUUGGACUCUGAUAGACCAGCAGAGUUGAGAGUAAAUGAAUUGAAUCAUUUCAGUGAAGCUCCAGAGACUGAUCAACCUGACCAUACAGAGACAUCAGAAGAAAUCACAGGAUGCCCACUGCCUACAUUAAAAUCUGUGAAGAAGAAGAAGAAAAAAAAAGAAAAGAGAUGAGACUGAAGAGCCUGAAUUUGUUGAUCUGGAUGUGAGUUCUGUGUCUCAGAUUGAUUAUGUUACUGGACUCGGAGUGGUUGAACAACAGGAAGAUCAGGUCAUUGAAGAGAGGCCAAAUGAUGACAACACAACCGAGCAUAUUUUAAAGGUGGCCAAGCGCAAAAAGAAAAGUCAGAAUGCAAGUUCUCCAUCUCAAAGUGAUGACAUUAAUGGACUGGAGAAACAAGCAUCAGGCUCACAGUCAGAAAGCGCAGAAGAACUCUUGAAAAAGAAAAAGCUGAAAAAGCAUAAAUUAAAAGAGCGAAAGAAUGCGGAAAUUGCUUUAGAUAUUGGGGACAAUGUGCAGUUGUUUCAACAAAGCGAGUCACAAACUACAGAUUUACUUUCUAGGAAAAAAACAAAAAAGAAGAGGGCAAACAAAGACACGGAAAGUACAACAGUUAGCUCAUCAAAUGAACUUUCGGAGAACAUGGAUGAUGGACAUUCAGAAAUGAGAGGAAAUGUGAUUCAGUCCACAGAGGCCAUUGAGGCUGAUCAGCUUGAGCAUUUACAGACAUCAGAGGAAAUUACAAGAUGUCCUUCCCCCAGUGUAACCAAAUUAAGCUCUGGAAAGAAAAAGAAGAAAAAAAGGGAUAGAAGUGAGAAGCAUCAGGAUGAAUCUGUUGAUGUGGAUCUGGAUGUGAGUUCUGUGUCACAGAUUGAUGAUGUAACUGAGCUGACUGAAAGAAGGCCAAACACAGUAGAACAUGUGGAAAACGUGAAUUCACAUGUCCUUUCAGACAGCACGUUUACUAGUAAAAAGAAAAAGAAGAAAAAGCACAAAUUAAAAGACCAACAGGAAGCAGAGCCUGGUGCAGACGCUCAUAGUGCGGACAAUGUUCAUUCAGUUGAGAUGGAUCAGUUCAUUGAGUUAAAAACUACUGAGAUCACACCUAAAAAAGCAAAAAAGAAGAAAAAAGACAAAGAGAGGACAAAGACGGCACAUGUAGAGGACGACAGUGGUACAGACAUCCAGUCAAAUAAAACUUUUGCCGCUCCAGAGACAGAACAACCUGAGCAUAUACAGACAUCAGAGGAAAUCACAGGAUGUCCGUCACCUAAUGUAGCUAGAUUAAAAUCAGGGAAGAAGAAGAAAAAGAAGAAGAAUGGCAGUGAAGAAUCUGUUGAUUUUCCUCCGGAUGUAAGUUUAGUGUCUCAAGAGACUGUCGAAGAAAGACCAAGUGAUGUUGAACAUAUAGAAGCUGAAUUAAAUGACACUAAACACAAAAAGAAGAGGAAACGAUCAAGUUUGUCUAUUAAUAACAGUUCUGAGUUCAGCUCUUCUGAUGCAAAAAUGCAGGAAACUGUCGCACCUGAGAAGAAGAGGAAGAAAAAGAAAUUCCGAUCACAUCACAAAUGUAGGUGGUGAACUGACUUCGGAAAGUUCUGAACAUAGAAUGCCUCAGUCUCAGAACGCGAUGUUGAAAUCACCCGAGACAAUUACAAAGGAAUCCAGAAAGAAAGAAAAGAAAAACAAGGAAAUGAAUGCAAGUCACGUACUGGAUGAUAGGGCUGAACUAGAAACUGUACAAACAAAGAGGACUGACUCAACACAGGCCAAUGUUAUCUCCCUGGGAGAUUAUGAAGAUGUAAGUAAGAGAAAAAAAAGAAAAGGAAGAAGGAUACUUAAAAUAAUAUUACGGAAAUUUCCAUGUCUUAGAAUGCUGACUCGCCUACAGCAGUAAAUGGAGACAACACCCAAGAAACCGGAAAAGCAGAGGCAGAGGUGUCAUGACAGGACAGGUUCUGUUCAAACUGAGUGUAAUGCUAAUAUCUUUAUUCAGUCACACAGAAAACGUGAUUACAUAUGAAGAGUAUAAGGGAUCUGGAGCAAGAUAACUGAUGAUGUAAUGUUGUGCAAAAGCAAGAAAAAGAGGAAAAGAAGGGAGGAAAGUGUAUCUGUAUCUUUAUAGCUAAAACUUUUCAGUGCACAAUGGAAAUGUUUGGGCAUCACAGAGUGUCAUUUAUAAUGACGCUACAUAUGUUACACGGAAGGAAUAGGAGGAAAAUUAUUUUAAAAAAUAAUAAAAUAAAUUAGGCAGUGGUUGAUAUGUCAUGGCUUUAGAGCUUAGUUAAACAAUUUCCACCAAAAAAUAUGAACUUAUAAUAUAAACAGACAUUUAAGACAAGCUUUUAGCCAAAAGUGUUGGUAAAAGAGGUUUUCUGUUCAUGAUAAAUGGUCACAAAAAUAUAAGCAGUGAGAGAAGUUUACAGAUAAAUACACAUGGACUUAUUAAAUCUUUUUUUUUAAUUCCUUUCUUUUUAAAGAAUUGUUUGUGAGUCUGCUUAUUUUAAAGCAAGAUAAAGCAAAAACACCUGUUUAUUAUUAUUGUUACUUGUUUCAUUGAUUAUUAACAUUCUAAUGACAGUUGAUUUAUUUUUAUUAAUUAAAACAUUUUCAUUGGUAAAUUCAGUCAUUGUACAGUCAAAUUAUACACUCUCAUCUAGAGCACUGUACCUAUUUUAUUAUCAGAAUCAGAGGAUAUUUAUACAGUGUCUGUAUGUUUGGUCAGUAUAAUUGUGACACAUUUUGUACAUUUCCGUUAUGGACACUUUAUGCUUACUCUGCUUCAGAGGAAUAAAAUGUAAAGGGUUUCCCUGUGUGUUAAACACA